AUGUCCGGGACCCCUCCAGUUUCUGGUUCCUUUGCUUUGGUGGACUAUGUGGUCUUUGGUCUGAUGUUGUUGGUGUCUGCAGCUGUGGGGGUGUACUAUGCCUGGACAGACCGGGAGCGGCAGAGUCCUCGGGAUUUUCUGAUGGGGGGCCGGAGACUGACUGCUUUUCCUGUAGCCAUGUCCCUCACAGCCAGCUUUAUGUCUGCUGUAACUGUACUGUCUAUGCCAGCUGAGGUGUAUCGUUAUGGAGCGAUCAUUGCCCUUACUUCUAUUUCGUAUUUGUUGACAAUGACAGUGACAUCUGAGGUCUUCCUCCCAGUUUUCUACAGACUGGGCAUUACAAGCACAUAUGAGUAUUUGGAGUUGCGUUUCAACAGAGCCACUCGUCUCUUGGGCACCGUGUUUUUCAUUCUGCAGACGGUGCUCUAUACUGGGAUAGUCAUUUAUACCCCUGCCCUAGCUUUAACUCUAGUGACAGAAAUAGAUUUAUGGGGUGCUACAGUGGCCACAGGACUAGUCUGCACCUUCUACUGCACACUGGGAGGAUUGAAGGCAGUGGUGUGGACUGAUGUCUUUCAGGUCGGUGUCAUAUUGGCAGGUUUUCUUGCUGUCAUUGUUCGUGCUGUGAUUUUAAAAGGAGGCGUAUUUCCCGUUAUCAAAGAUGCACAAGAAGGAGGCAGACUCAACUUCUGGGAGUUUGACCUGAACCCUUUGAGACGACACACUUUCUGGACCGUUACCUUUGGUGCGACAUUUGUGUGGACCAGUAUUUAUGGGAUCAACCAGGCCCAGGUUCAACGAUACAUCUCCUGCAAAAGUCUCACUCAGGCCAAACUAUCUCUUUAUGUAAACCUGUUGGGUCUGUGGGUGAUAAUGCUGUGCUCAGUUUCUGCUGGACUGUGUCUGUAUUCUGUCUAUAAAAGCUGUGACCCCUGGACCUCUGGACUCAUCUCUGCCUCAGAUCAGCUGAUGCCAUAUUUGGUAAUGGACAUUUUAGGAGGCUACCCUGGACUUCCUGGACUGUUUGUAGCUGCAGUUUACAGUGGAUCAUUGAGCACAGUGUCUUCCAGUAUUAAUGCUCUGGCUGCUGUGACAGUAGAAGAUCUCAUUAAGCCAAAUACAAACCUGACAGAGAAACAGCUGUCCUGGAUUUCCAAAGGGCUCAGCUUGUUGUAUGGAGUCUUGUGCAUUGGGAUGGCAGCACUGGCUUCUCUUAUGGGAGGAAUCUUACAGGCUGUCAUCAAUAUAUUUGGUGUCAUUGGAGGUCCAUUGCUAGGGCUUUUCGUGUUGGGUAUUCUCUGCCCCUUUGCCAACUCAAAAGGCGCAUUGUCAGGCCUGGUGAUAGGUUUUGCCUUGUCUCUUUGGUUUUCCAUUGGCUCUCACAUUUACCCACCUCCUCCUGAACUGACCCACCCACUGCCACUUACCACUUCAGGCUGUAACUUCACCACAGCAGAGAUUCAAAACUGGACAUUCAACAUCGCCCCAACUGAGGCUAUCCCAAUUACAACACUUGAGCAAGACAUAGGAAGCAGGUCUUUUUUGGUGGACAAGUGGUACUCCUUGUCAUACAUGUACACCUGUCCCAUUGGAACCAUAACUGUCAUCUGUGUGGGACUUUUAGUAAGCUUAUUUUCAGGAGGAACAAAACAAAAAGUGGAAUCAAAGCUUACUUUAAUGAAGGAAGACACAACUUUGUUUUAUGUGAACAAAUAUAUCAAACACCGUGUUCUGGGGAAGAAUGUACAACUGAACCUAACAAGCGACAGGUUCAGCAAAGCACAAGGGAACACAAAUCUUGCUUUUGUUGAUGUUGAACUGAACUUGCCAAAAUAAAUAUUUUCCUUUAAUACUGUG